AUGUAUUACACUGCCUGUUGUCAACCUCAUGAUUCUCAUCGUGAUACCACAGCGGCGAAUAGUCCUGCGUCCUGCAAAAUACCAGACCCUGAAUCAGUUGCGUCACUUAUAAAACCAUUCCUUAAUCGACUUUUCGCAAAAUAUGCCUGGACUGAAACUUAUAUGCAUUUCUCUUGCCCAGUUGAAACAGUGCAAAAUAUGUUAUUCUACCUCAGCCAAGGUCAAGUGUCGAAUCGCAUUUCAAAUCCCCUUAUUUAA